AUGUACUUGCAUAAGCUGCUUGUGAAAAGGGGUGUUGCAAGCUUUGAGACAAACUCAGUUUCAGAUUUAGACAUUGAUCCUCUGGCGUCCGUCUCUGGUUUUCUCGUGUUGCUGCUUUCGGGAGGUGUAGUACUUCUACUUGGAUGUAUCUGCAUAUCAUUUUGUAUUUGCUGCCGAUGUCUCAAGUCUAUUCAUCCACAAUAUAAAGGGGAGUCCAUAGAGUGCGGUGGAGGAGCCUCACCUCCAGAACCUCCACAGUUCUACCCACCUUCGCCGCCGAAAAUUCCGCUUCCAGCAACAUCAAGUGCUUUUACACCUAGAAAACUUCCACAAGGAGAUGGCUCAAGUUCGAUUCAGGACGGUUUCCGUUCUGUUCGAACAACGAAUGAGUACGGUAGCCCAAUGGACAUGAACCAGCAUGAUUACACAUAUGUUAGAAAUGACGUGCAUCGCAAUUUAUUAUGA